GCCAUAUUUGUUUCCUGGACACAACUGAGUGGAGGAGCACGCCAGAAUAUACUCCUGUUGAUAGCCAGAGACAUUUAUGUGAACAAUUUUAAAAAAUGGCGAGAAGACUAGUUCCUAUGGAGAAACACAUCUGGAAUAAAGACUUUACAUUAGCUGAUGAUGCUGUUGACCCACUUGGCGCUACCAGUGCAGCGACCAGAGAAGUAGCUGCUAUUGGAGUUUAUGAUAAUGGUGCUGAUGAAGCGAAUGAUGAUGGUGCGGUUCACGCAGCUGUUGAUGAAGGUGUUACUGAUUCUAGAGCUGCCGCUGCUGCUGCAAGUGAUAGUGUUGAUGCAGCUGACAGUGAUGGUGCUGCAGCGGCUGAAGAUUAUGAUACUGCUUAUGAAGCUGCUGCUGCUAUUGGAGUUGAUGGUUCUUCUACUGUAGCUGAUAGUUCUGCUGUUGAGGCUCAUGGUGCUGUUGCUGUAGCUAAUGAAGGUACUGCUGCAGCUGUAGUUAAUGAUGAUUCUGCUGCUUCAGCUGUAGCUAAUGAUGUUUCUGUUGCUGUUGCAGCCGUAGCUAAUGAUGGUUCUGCUGCAGCUGAUGAAGAUGCUACUGCUGCAGCUACAGCAGCUAAUGACGGUGGAGGUACUACCACAGCGGAUAGUGUUAGUGGUGCUGCCACAGCUGUUGAUAGUGGUGACGCUGCUACAGAUGAUAGUGUUGGUGCGGCUGAUGAUUCUGCUGCUGCAACUGAUGAUUGUGUCACUGCAGCUGAUAAUUGUGUUGCUGCAACUGAUGAUUAUGCUGUGGCUAUUGAUGUUGCUGCUGCUGCGGCAGAUACUGAUGUUCCUCGUGUUGCACCAACUGAUGAUGGUGCUACUGCUGCAGGUGCUGCAGCUGUUGAUGUUACUACUGCUGCAGCUAUUGAUUGUGCUGCUGCUGCAGGUGAUGAUCUUAAUAAUGCUAGUGCAACUGAGGAUGGCACUGCUGCAGCUGAUGCUACUACUACCGGGGCAGCUGGAGAUGCUGCUCCUGCAAUUGAUGUUACUACUGUUGGUGUAGCUGAAGAUGGUGCUGCUGCUGCUACAAGAUACGCCACAAUGCUGCUGAAACUGAAGAAGAAAGUUAAGCAGAUGGUGAUGAUGAUUAUGCUGAUUAUGACUGUAUAUAUUGUGGCGAGUGAGAUAACUGGAAUGGUGACUGUUGUGUAUUUAUUAGAGGGGCUGUGUACCCUGCUGUCAGAUGUGCUGGUGCGUCUUAUGAUGAUGUACGCUGGCGUAAAGGUUUUGCAUAUUCUGCUGCCGAUGCUCAACAUGAUGGAGGAAUUUCAAGAAUUGUUCAUGUUUCUUUUUGAGUUUCUAGGUGAGGAUCUGCUUGAGAGGGAGGUGGAGGUUCUAGACGAAGAUGAGGGUGAAGAUGAACAUCUGUAUGUGGGUGAGGAUGGUGGUCAAGUUGAUCCUUUGGAGGAAGGUGAGGGUGGACGUGAAGGUAAGUAUUUGCAUGUGAGUGAGGGUGGUGAAGUUGAGCAUCUGCACGUGGGUGAAGGUGAGCAUCUGCACGUGGGUGAAGGUGAGCAUCUGCACGUGGGUGAAGGUGAGCAUUUGCACGUGGGUGAAGGUGAGCAUCUGCACGUGGGUGAAGUUGAGCAUCUGCACGUGGGUGAAGUUGAGCAUCUGCAUGUGGGUGAAGGUGAGCAUCUGCACGUGGGUGAAGGUGAGCAUCUGUACGUGGGUGAAGGUGAGCAUUUGCACGUGGGUGGAGGUGGCCAUCUGCACGUGGGUGAAGGUGAGCAUCUGUACAUGGCUGAAGGUGGCCAUCUGCACGUGGGUGAAGGUGAGCAUCUGCACGUGGGUGAAAGUGAGCAUCUGCACGUGGAUGAAGGUGAGCAUCUGCACGAGGGUGAGACUAGUUCUGGGUGAGGGUGAGCUUGUAGUUUGUGUCGAGGUGAGGAUGGGGGUGGCGAUGAGCAUCUGCACAAGGGUGAGAGUAUAGUUUUGGGUGAGGGUGAAUUUGUAGUUUGAACGAGGAUGGUGGAGGGGGGGGGGGUAUUUGGGCGAGGAGUGAAGGUAGUUAAAUACAGGUGAAGUUAUCUGGUGUCUGGAUAAUUUUGAGGAUGAGAGCGAGGAAAUUACAUGCAAGUGCAAGCCUUCUUAUCCCACAUUGUAUUGGUGGCUCCAGCCUGGCCCACGGUGACUUGUGAUGGGUUGGAAACUCUCCUGAUGUCUCUUCAUUUCGCUUUCUUAAAGACACAAGAGAUAUUCCAAGCAGUGAGAGCUCAGUACACUUGUGCCUUUCAGUUUUGUGACUUGUAAUGUUUCGUAUCAGAUUAUUAUACUGUACAUUAACUUGUUUCACCAAGUUAGGUCUUUAUGACUAUUCUAAUUAUUAGAAUCUAUUUUAUUUAUUGAAGACAUUCUGAUAAUGGAAUGUAUUUAAUGAGGAACAUUAAUUCAAUAAACUUUAUUGUUAU